GAAAUGUCAGAAUUUACAUAUUUUCGACCGCUGGCGAUGUACUCGCUAAUCGCGUGCAGUUUGUAUUGCGUCGCAGCUUAUUACACAAUCGGCUCUGCUACUUCUUGCGCGACUGUUACUGUGGGAUGCGUCCUACAACAAAUUAAUCGAUACACUCGAAUUCUUUAUAUGAUCUUGUCAACGUUGUUUUCGUGCUUGCGUCAUACAGAAUUUGAACGCACUGUAACCAUAGCUCGUAAAUACGAUAAUUUAAUGCAAUCUCGCCGUUGGUGUACGGAUAACAAUCAAAAGAAUCAUAUGCAGCGGCUGGUUAUAUUAUUGAUCCUCUGUGCUUGGGCCCUAUAUGCUGCAGUAGCAAUGCUUGUUAUUAAAACGAGAAACGUUAUAAGCGAACUCACCUACUAUGCAUUUGCAAUGCAAUUUAUUACGCGAGUGACGUUUUCCAUGGAGAUCACGAAAUUUUGUUUCUUGUAUGAUGCAUUGCGUCGCAGAUUUCGCCGUCUCAACAUAUUGUGUCGUGGAUUAUGUGUCCGCAAUUGCUCUGUUGGAUUGCGUGUAUGUUAAUAGACAUUAUAAAUUGUAUCUUCGCCAAUCUUCACGCAAAUACUCAACAUGACAAUGUGUUGCUGGUUUGCCUUCGAUUUAUGAUAAUUUUGUAUUUAUCAUUUCAAGUUAUCGCCAUAAGCCGUAUCUGUCAUUUAACAUGCAAUCAGGCAAAUACAUUGGCAAGUACAAUAUUCUCAGCAGAGGCUCCCAUAUUUAAUCACAACGAAUUCUUAACUGAAGCUAUCGAAUUGGGAAUAUUUCUACGGGCACAUCCGUUACAUACCAAAGUUUAUGGCUUAUUUAAUUUGAAUAGCCAAUUUACAUUUUCGGUUUUCGGCAUUAUAGUGAUGUACGUGGUUCUAGUUUCGUCUAUUCAUUGAAGAUAAUAUUGUAAUAGGCAAACAUGUCGGAAAAAUUUGAAGAUACAAACAAUAUUGUUGCCUAUUCAAUUUUAAUUACAACUCGAUUUUAUUAAAAUUGUAAAAACGCCCGGAAAAUUUUCUUAUUUUCACCCCAUAUAAUCCUGAUAACUAUAUGUCAAGGAAAUAAUAGUUAAUUACUAUAUUUAAAGUGCACUUCUAUUAUAGUUAUCAUACUUCAAUUUACGUGGUAUUUACCACCUGCAUCCAUAUGUAUAAAGUUAUUUUUUAUUAUAACUGUGACUUGAAACUAUAAUUCAAUACUACACUAAUAUAUUCUAACAAUUUUGCCCUAAUGCUACUUUGAAGCUAACAAUGCUCUUAGUAUUUUAAAGAUUAAAAUAAGUUCUUUUUAAGUAAGAGAUCAAAUAGAUUCAAAUAAAUAACACGUACGAGGUUUACUUCAAAUUUUACUUUGAUUAAACCUUAAUCCCCUGUACGUUUUGUAUAUAAAAUUAAUUAAUAAAAUAAUAAUGUAUAAUGAGCAAAAAGACACGUUGAAUGUAAAAUUUUAUUUAAUUUAUUUUGCGACCAAUAAUUUUUCCAACUGAGUUGCAGUCAUUCCAAAGUAAUUGUGGAUUCGUAUGUCCUCCAAUAUUAAUUUUGGAAUAGGCGCAAAGGAAA